AUGCCUCCUUCUCGAUCAGGACGCGUCUACGAAGGACCACCGUCUAGGAUCGCCGUUAGAAUCGGACCCACCAUCGCCCUGUUGCUGAUUCUCUUCGAGAAUCGUCGCGCGACCUGCUUAAUGAGCAAUUCCGUGGACGAUUGGGUAAGCGGUAAUGCCGUGGUCUGCAAAGGUAUUCCAGGGAUGACGAAGGAACAGCGCGAGCUAUGCCACAGAAAUCCGGACGUGACGGUGGCCGCGAUCAAAGGUCUGCAAAUGGCGAUAUCCGAGUGUCAGCAUCAAUUCAUGUGGCACAGGUGGAAUUGUUCAUCCUUGACGCCUAGCAGCAGGACGCAGCAGAGCAGCGUCCUCCUUCAGAGAGGCUACAGGGAGACUGCGUUCGCGUUCGCGAUUUCCGCAGCCGGGGUGGCGCACAGCGUGGCCCGGGCGUGCAGCAUGGGACGGUUGCUCUCCUGCGGAUGCGACCCGUCGAGUUACAAGGGUAAGCCGCCUGCCAAGGCCAGGGGCACGCAAUGGAAGUGGGGCGGGUGCUCGCACAAUCUCGACUACGGCAUGGAGUUCUCGAGACAGUUCCUAGAUACGCGCGAGAGGGCCGGGGAUAUACAGUCGACGGUCAAUCUUCACAACAAUCAAGCUGGCCGCUUGGCGGUGGCGAGCAAUAUGCAAGUGCGAUGCAAGUGCCACGGUAUGUCGGGUUCCUGCGAGCUCAAGACUUGCUGGAAAGUGGCGCCGGAUUUCCGAAUAGUCGGGAAAACGCUAAAGGAUCGGUUUCGUAACGCUGUGCUGGUGGCGCAAAGCAAUCUGGGCAGCGUGACCCCGUUGACCAGAGUGAGAGGAUCUCGGAGGAGGAGGCCGGAUCGGCAGAGGCAGAGGAAACAUCGCGGUGGAUCGGGCGGGAACGGGCGUAAGAGGAGGCCUCGGGAUCUCGCCAAGCAACUAUUCUAUUACCAAAAAUCGCCAAAUUUUUGCGAGAGAGAUCCGAGCGCGGACAUCCCUGGAACGGCGGGGCGUAGAUGCAACAAGACAAGCUCGGGUGGGGACGGGUGCGGCAACCUGUGUUGCGGAAGAGGUUACAACGUGGUGAGACAACGACGGGUCGAGAGGUGCAAAUGCAAGUUUCAUUGGUGUUGCAUCGUGCAAUGUCAGAACUGCACUGUGGAAGAGUGGAUCACUGUUUGCAAGUGA